AUGGUUAUUUUGGGUGGAUUAAAAGUAAAUGACACCUGUAUAUAUGACGAGCAAUGCAAUGGAACAUCCAACAGUACUAUCUGUAGAGAACACGUGUGUGUCUGUAUGAAAGAUUAUAUUAAUAAAGAUGGAAAAUGCCAGCCAUUUUUUGCAGAAAUUACAACGACUGACAGGUCCCAAGACAGGUGGUCCGUAACUACAGCUGCCCUUUUGAACCUCGAGAAAAAUAUUUACAAUCAGACAAUCUUGAAAUAUAACACAAGACAUCUGGUUGUAGCAGCAAGUGCGGGAUUUACUUUGGGCAUACUUGGAUGUUUAAGUGCAACAUUAAUCAUCAAUAAAUGCAACAGAAAAUGUAAACAUAAAAGGUGUAAAAAGUUACCGAUUGUUAAUAAUGUGAGCUAUGAAAAUGAUAAAAAUUCUUCUCACCACAUGGAAGCAGAAGCCUCAUUUUCAAGGGAACAAGUCAUAUACACACCAGAAAACACAAAUGUUGGAGGGGCCGAACGUGGAGAUUCUGAUAUAUACAACCAUCUACAUGAGAAGACGGACAGGCCAGACAUGAAUGAUUAUGACCAUGUACAAAAUAUGAGAGGUGUAUUGAUAGCUGAACUUUGA